AUGAUAUCUACUACUAGUAUGCAUGUACUAGCUCCAGUAUGGCUAUUUUUUGACUCUUCUAUUAAUGAUGAAGAAAUAGGUAAAAAAAAAGCAAGAUAUCAACUAUGUCCAAGAACAAAAUAUCUUAGUAUAAAUAAUAGUGAUACUUCUAAUCUGUAUAGCCAUAUUAUCAAUAUUUACAAAAUGAAUAUCCCGGACGUGGCUAGUUCUAAAGCAGAAACAUUGGUUAAGUGGAUUGUAAAGGAUAGCCUUCCAUUUGUUACUGUAGAAUCAGAAAGCUUUUAUAAAUUAUUUGAAGUAAUUAGAAAAUUAGAAUGUGAUAUUACAGUUCCAUUUGCAAGAACG